AUGGUGUGGAGGGCAUUGUAUUUAGAUGUCAUGUUAAUACCCUUAGGGUUACUCAUAAACUUUGGUUACCACCUUUGGUUAUGGCAUAAGGUUCGGACUCAAGCUUUCUUAACCAUCUUCGGAAUAGAUAUUGAUGGCAGGUGUUUGUGGGUUCCUACCAUCAUUAAGGAUAUUGAUAAGAAGAACAUUGUAGCAGUCCAAAGUGUUAGGAACAUGAUGAUGGGGUCAAUUUUUAUGGCCAGCACAAGCAUCGUUCUCUGCUGUGGCCUUGGAGCAGUGAUUAGUAGCACUUACAGUGUGAAGAAGCCACUCAUUGAUUCAGUUUAUGGAGCACAAGGGGAAUUUGCAGUGGCUUUAAAAUAUGCAACUCUGUUUGUUGUAUUCAUAUUUUCAUUUCUUUUUCAUUCUUUGUCAGUUUGUUUUCUCUGCCAAUUGAGCAUCCUCAUUUGCACACCACAAGAUGUCAUGAGUUUGGUUACCCAAGAGUAUUUAAUUGAGAUAUUAAGAAAGGCCACUAUUUUGAGUAUUGUGGGAAACAGGGUUUUACACACAGGGCUUCCCCUUCUUCUUUGGAUCUUUGGACCGGUGAUGGCAUUUUCAUGUGAGGUUGCCAUGGUGUUGGUGCUUCAUAAGCUAGAUUUUGUGUCUUCCUAG